AUCUUCCACCGCCGAACCGAAACGAGACCGCGCGAGUUAAACACCCUAUCCUACUUCCUCCGAGUAGAAGCUGCCCUGCCACCCGCUGAAGCAACGGCCAGGUGAAGAAUCACCAUCGCCACGACGGCGACUGACUCUGACGGCGAAGGACAUUCGGGAUAUCCUGCGAACCUCCAAGCGGAAAAAUCUCGGAUCGGUGCAGUUGACGUGCGCGAAUCAAGAUAUACCGCGGGAUCGUGAUCGUCGCCGAGAUUGCAAGUCCAAGUUCCAACUGUUGUCAGUGUUCACCAAUUUCAAUCGUUAUUUCAUACGUAGAGAUGAUACGUUUACGUGAUUGAUCAAGACUUCGAUCGACGAGAGAGAUACACGUGACGUGCGCGGUCCUCGCUAAAGUUCGGCGAAACUUGGCGCGGUGAGCGCCACGUACGGAAACAUAUGGUUCGAUUUGAAAAAGCUUUUUGGUAUAUAUCCUAAUAUGCAAUUUUAGUGAAAGAAAGGCAAGUGCGUGACCACGAUGCCAUCAGUUAUAAGGAUCACCGGUGCGAAACAGUGUUUUAGACACGCGCGAUAAGAAACCCAUCUCUCUGUGAGUCUGUUUCCGAAACUGACUUUCGAAUCAACAAUCAGAUUUAAGUGUUUCGAACAGUCGCGAGUGCUCCUUCGAUAAGAAGACGGAAGGCUGAGGAUUCGAUCAAAGAAUCGAGGAUACACGGAAAACAAGGGUCGUAGAGAUUGCCGACGAUUUCAAUAAAACGAAUUUUCUCCGCGAGUUGGCAAUCGAGACGAAGAAGAAUUUGCAAACGGAUGCCCUUGCCUCCGCCUCGCAGCAAGAUAAUGAAAUAAGGAUCAAAGAAACCGAGGGCCCGCGAGGGAAAGCCCGAAAAAGCCGCCGAAGAGUCGCGCGUGCCUCUCGAUUCCGAAGAAAACAAAUCCAAUUCUCGCCGGAGGAAGAUAUCUACGUACAUUCGUAAUGUGUUCCUCGCCAUUGGUGAGAUCCACUUGUGCUUUCAAGAUUCUUAAACCGCUGUCGAGUGGACUCGAUGUAUCGACUGAUCGCGCAUGUCGAAUAUAACAAUCAAUUCUACCGACAAAACUUGAGUUCGCGGAAUAAGGGAUUGUAACUACUUAAUCAAAUAUAUCACAAACGCAGACGUAUCAUCAAAGGACCAAGAAUCAUAUCGAAAUUGAUAGCAAGAAUCUCCUCGCGGAUCACGUGUACAGAUAUUUCAUCUAAAAUUCGGAAGAGACAAGACGUAAACAAUUGAGCAGGCGAAAUCAUUCGGAGAGCUCGCAGGGCAAGGUGACAUCUCGAUCGAGAGAACGAAUGAUAUCGUUCUCAUGACGAACCCUUCGCGAGAUGCUCGACCCGAGGAUCGGCCUCCCGGCCUAGAUUAUCCUGAUCCUAGAUCAGUACGGGGCAGUCAUCAGGUGCAUCAAGCAGUGAGCCAGAUCGGCGGGCCCAGAAUACGGAGGACUCGGGCUUCGUCCUCGAGGAGAAGAAUGCACCUGGCCAACGAGGUUCCUCCUCAAGGUUCUGCCGGCGGAAACCAUCUCCCCGAUUAUGCUCUCACCGCCGAUUUGCUUGCCGAGAGGACUUUGGAUGGACUCCUCGCCGAGCAUCCUGGCGAACUUAUUCGCACAGGUUCCCCACACGUGGUGUGCACGGUAUUGCCGUCACAUUGGAGAUCGAACAAGACCCUUCCGGUAGCCUUCAAAGUAGUAGCCCUCGGCGAGGUCGGAGACGGUACCCUCGUGACCGUUCGCGCUGGGAACGAUGAGAAUUGUUGCGCGGAACUACGAAAUUCUACUGCUCUAAUGAAAAACCAGGUCGCCAAAUUCAAUGAUCUUAGGUUCGUCGGCCGAAGUGGUAGAGGGAAAAGCUUCACCCUGACGAUCAUGCUGCAGACAUCGCCGCCGCAAGUGGCCACCUUGUCGAAGGCGAUCAAGGUGACCGUGGACGGUCCAAGGGAGCCGCGAUCAAAGACAAGACACCAGGCCUUUCAUCCCUUUCACUUCGGACCUCGUCCAUUCCCCUUCGGACAUCCGCAGGACCCGUUGGGAUUCAAACUGUCGGGGUUGCAACACCUGGGUCUGGAGCAAGGCGCGGGCCAGGGAUGGGGCGGGUUACCCCGAGGAUCUCUACCACCGCACUGUCUUCCACCGCCUCCCGGUCAUCACCCGCACACACAUCCACAGCCGGUUGGUGCAUCGGCCUUCAACCCCUUCCAUCAUGCCAUCGAACAGAGAUCCCCGAGGCUGCCUGGACCUAACGCCGAAUCUUCGAGGAACGAUUUGGGUCCUAUCAGUGUGUCGGUGAGAGAAGUAACGCCGACAACGUCACCCGGGAACCCCGGGCCGGGCUUGUUGACGACAGCUUCUGUGACGGCACCGACGCCUCCUGCCGAGUCGACCACGACUACUACGACAUCCAGUCCGUCUGGACAUCACUCACACUUUCAAGGUCUUCAUCUGCUGGGUGCUACGGGAUCCAUCUUUGGAUCGAUAUUCGCACCAUUGCUACCACAGUCCUCUUGGCUCUACAAUCCCCUGUAUCACACGCAACAGUACAUCCUGGAGCCGGAAUGGCACGCUUUGGCCUUGAGAAUGGCUCAACAGCGAUUGCAGAGGCCGGAUCAGGCCCGAUUGGAGGAACUCAGGAAACUCAGAAGCAGCAGCGACAGUCCCGAGAGUAGUACGAAAGACGAAGAACGGAGAGGAGACGAUCAAGGCGCUUUACGUCGAUCCGGACUGGAUAGUCCCGACGAUAGUAUCGAGGUGGACGAUAAGAACGAUCAAGAUCUGAAUAGAGACCGCAUUAGAAGCGACGAGUCUAUACCGGAACAAGAUUCCCCGAGAAUCUCGCCGAUCAGAAGCGACCUGGAGGAUGCCGCGUCCACAGACGCCACCUUCCAAGAAGCAUCGAUUCACCUACGGCAGAGCAUAGAGAAUUUAAACGACUCGGACCUCCAAAUCGAACAGGAACAGAUCACCCGUCGCGGUGACCUCACUGUAAAAAUCCGUCUAGAGGGCACGGUCGAUCUUAGCACGAAAAAGGGUCAAGACAAAGAAAACGUUGGUCAGGAUCUGACGACGCGAAGAAAGGAGGAUGGAAUAGAUGUCGAAAGAGAAGCCAUCAGAUCACGAAGAGAGAGAAGUCCUAAGCCUAGACAGGUGUGGAGACCUUAUUAAGAAUUUUAAGUCAGUAUGUUUGUUCUGCGAGAAUCCUUCAAGCGCGACGAUUUUAACGAAUUCGAUGAUCAAGACGAGAAACGGAUUUGAUUGUCGAAGGAGUCAAAUUGAAUUAAGUAUGAUCUAGGCAAAUUUUAUCACAUGUUUUUUUUCAGAAGAAAACUUUCCUUCGCUGAAAAAUCAGCGGAAUAUUGAUUAAUCCCGUCUCGAUAAUCUGAGACUAACCCCAAAAGUGGAACUUGCACGAUGUUGUAGAGUAGUUUAGCAAUGCUAAGCGAUAUAUCAUCAUCGUCAAGUUGUCGAGAGAUAAACGGAACAUGCCCGUUGGAUGCUCGAACAUCUCGCGCAAUGUAAUGCGGUAAUCGUCUGCUUGGAAAUUAAUUAUCAGAACCUUCGGACGAACUUUUUUGUCGGAGUUAUUUAUCUAUUCAUAUGCCCGUUGCGGUAUCGUCUAAGAACUGUCAUGGACUCGAGGACUAACCAGGGUUUACGUUCGCAUAUAGUAUGUACAUAUAUACAAUGACGUCCGAUUAUUAUAUAAGUUAAUGUUUCAAGUAAACGUUAAGCACACUACCCUCUUGUCAUUCCAGAGUUAAGAAUACUUCAACUUUCUAAAUGUCUUAUCGACUACACGAAUAUGUUAUUGAAGCGCGCGCAACAUAACGCGCGUACAUAUGUAUCCUGAUACUGAACAGAAAAUUUCUUAAAUUCUUAGAAUCUACAUUUCUCCGUCUGAUCGUUUCUUUUACAUCUGUGCAACAUUGUCCAUUUUAGAAAAGAAAAUACUCGUGUGGCAGAUGACAUUUGGGGGGUUUUCUGGUACAAGCGAAAUUACGAGCAGCCUACGUUGUAAAUAUCACUAUAUUAAAAAUUUCAAAUCCUGGCCGAGUUACAUCCUUUAUCAAGCCAUUGUCUUCUUUUUAUGAAACGUCAUUUUCGAGGUGCAGAGAUAUCGAUAUCCACAGAGAAAUGUCAUUAUAUAAUUAUUUACAUGGUCCACAAGUCGUUCUGACGACGCUGUAUGUAUGCGUGAGUACUGGCCUUAAUCAAAAUCAUUUAUUGUUUAAGUACACCAUCUAAUAAAAUAAUAUCAUCCGUUCCAUGAUAUCGAU